UCGUCGUCGGGGUCGUGUAAUACCGUUAUGCCCGGGCCUAGGCGCCUCUGCGCAGCCGCCCCCCGUUCGUGUGUGGAAACGACGUGGAUCGCCAGGAAUCGAUAACCAGAGAGAGGAGAGGAAGGACGAAGCCCGAAGCCCUGCACACAAAAGGAUCCAACGAUCAUCGAAACAAGCAAGAAAAUAAAACUGCCAUUCUCCACGCUAUUCUCUCUCUACCUCUCUGCCACUCACCAUGUAUUCGGCGGUCCGCACCCACGACUACGACUAUCCCGAAUCGGAGAUGGACGAGCGCGAGAGCCUGUACUUUGACACCAUUUCGCUGGCGGAUUCGGAGGCGGCUGCGGCGGCGGCCGCCCACCGCAAAUCGCUAUCACAGUCGCGCAACACCAUCUACCAUUCGGCCGUGGAUCUGGCCAACGAUGAGACGCGCAAUAGUCUGCGCCUGGGUAGUGGCGCCGCCGCCGAGCAUGCGGCUCUGGCGUGGCAGCCCGGCUAUCGGCAGUCGACGGCACUGGAGCACCUGAACGGUGGUGGCGGUGGCGAUCAAACGGAUGCAGUGAUUGCCGCACAAAUGCUGGCCCUGCACAACGGACGCAAUCAUUUGCCCACGGGGAUUGGUGUUGGCGGCCAUACAGUUACUGGAGGAGGAGCUCUAGGAGGAGCAGGAGCAGGAGGUGGUGACGAUGAGGUCUCUAGACGUCUGUUAAGAAAUAGUAGCACAGUUUCUAAUAAAGAUAAGAAAUUGCCAAUUACAUACUCCCAGUGGAAAUUGAGGACCUAUAGACGCUUUGAUGAUGGAAAACGUAGUGUGGACUUUGUGCUGGCCUACAAUGGCGAGGAUCAGGUGGAGGAUCAUCGACACAAGCGAGAGAUCUUCGAGGCGAAUCUGCAGCGUGAGGGCCUGCAGCUGGAGCACAACAAAGUGCAGCGCGUGCACUUUAUCAAGAUUCAUGCCCCCUUCGAGGUGCUCUAUCGCUAUGCAGAGAUACUGAAGAUCAAGGUGCCACUGAAGCCGAUACCCGGCCAGGAUCAGAUUUUCGAUGAGGCGGCGCCCGCCUUCAAGUCCUGCUUCACCCGCAUGUGCCGCAGUCUCUUCAGUUCCGUGCAGCUAAACACGGAGCUCUUUCCCGAGCGCGAACCGCGCAUCCACCUGGAGUUCUCGCGCAACUAUCUGGAGCUGUACGACACAGAGCAUCCCAACUUCUUCGAUGACAGCACUCGGUACUCCAUCAUCAACUUUAUAUUGCAGCGGCAGCAUUUUCUCGAGGGCGAGGAGACAGCCGACAAUCUAGGCAUCGAGAAGCUCGUUCAAGAUGGCAUCUAUACAUGCGCUUACACCCUGCAUGAUAAAACGGACAGGGAUCGUCUGCUCAAGGAGUGGGCCAACAUAACCAAGUGGAAGAACCUCCAGCCACUGGACCAAAUCAAAGACUACUUCGGUGCCAAGGUGGCACUGUACUUUGCCUGGCUGGGAUUCUACACACAAAUGCUGAUACCCAUUAGCGUAUUUGGUUUGCUCUGCUUCCUCUACGGCUUUGUGACGUGGAGCAGUGAUCCGAUCAGUCGCGAUAUCUGCGAGGACAGUGGGACCAUCAUGUGUCCGCAGUGCGAUCGCAGCUGCGACUAUUGGCGCCUGAACGAGACGUGCACGUCUUCCAAGUUUAAUUAUCUGAUAGACAACAAUAUGACGGUGGUAUUCGCCCUGGCCAUGGCCAUUUGGUCGGUGACCUAUUUGGAAUUCUGGAAACGCUAUUCGGCGGGGCUGGUGCAUCGCUGGGGACUGACGGGAUUCACGCAUCAUGUGGAGCAUCCGCGGCCACAGUAUCUGGCCAAGAUAUCGCACUCGCGGAAGCUGGCUGGCAAGACGCAGGGCACCACUCUGGAUCCGGAUGUGCCCUUUUGGAGCAUCAAGUUCUUGCCAAAUUUUACCAGCUACAGCAUCAUGGUGUUGUUUAUUUGCAUAUCAGUGAUUGCCAUUGCGGGCAUCAUCAUCUAUCGAAUGGCACAGCGUGCCUCACACAGCAUCCUCGGCAGCGAGAACUCAAUGACCUUCAAGGUGAUGAUCCUGCCCAUGACGGCGGGCAUCAUAGAUCUGAUUGUCAUCUCGCUGCUGGACCUGGUCUACUCCAAUUUGGCCAUACGUCUGACCAACUACGAGUACUGUCGCACCCAGACGGAGUACGACGAGAGUCUCACCAUCAAGAACUAUGUGUUCCAGUUUGUCAACUACUAUUCCUCGCUCUUCUACAUUGCCUUCCUCAAGGGCAAGUUUGUUGGCUAUCCGGCCAAGUAUAAUCGCGUGCUGGGCUUCCGUCAGGAGGAGUGCAAUCCGGGCGGCUGUCUCAUGGAGCUCUGCAUGCAGCUGGUGAUCAUAAUGGCCGGCAAGCAGGCAGUGAAUGCCAUUGUCGAGAUGCUCAUUCCUUACUUGAUGCGCACUGUCAAGGAGAUGAUCUACCGCCAUGGCUGGUACAAGAGCCACAAGGAGCAGCGACUGGUGCCCUACAAUCAGUUUACCGAGGACUACAAUCUACUGCCCGCCGAGAAUAAUUCACUUUACGUGGAGUACCUGGAGAUGGUUGUGCAAUUCGGUUUUAUCACAUUAUUCAGCCUGGCCUUUCCGCUGGCACCGCUGCUGGCGCUGCUCAAUAAUGUGAUCGAAGUGCGUUUGGAUGCCAUCAAAAUGUUGCGCUUCCUGCGACGCCCUGUGGGCAUGCGAGCCCGGGACAUUGGCGUGUGGCACAACAUCAUGACUGUGGUCACACGCAUAGCCGUGGCCUCCAGCGCCAUGAUAAUUGCAUUUAGCACCAACCUCAUACCGAAAAUCGUGUACGCAGCCUCAACGGACGACCGGGAGCUCAAUGGUUAUCUGAACUUUACUCUGGCGUACUUCAACACGAAGGACUUUCAGGUGCAGCCACUGCUGGGCGGCAGUCAGUAUGUCAACGAGACAGAGUGUCGCUACACUGAGUUCCGGAAUCCGCCCACAGAUGAUCAUCCGUACAAGCGGCCCAUGAUCUAUUGGAAAAUACUUACGGGUCGUCUCGCCUUCAUAGUCAUCUAUCAGAACAUCAUCAAUAUGCUGCAGGGUGUGCUGCGCUGGGCCGUGCCCGAUGUCUCUGGCCGGCUGCUGAAGCGCAUCAAGCGCGAGAACUUCCUGCUGCGCGAGCACAUCAUUGAGUACGAGAAGCAGCAUGCCAUGCUGCAGGCCCAGACAGCAGUCCAGAACCAGUUGCAGCAGACCAAGAGCCAGGAGUCGUCGGUGCUGCGCCAGCGACAUGGAGGAGGCAAUGAGGAUGCAACCUCAUUUGUUUGAAAGCCUGAAACGCCUGCCUGCCUGCCUAUAUACAUAUAUAUAUUUAUGUAUAUAAGUUCAUUCCUUGAUUAUUCGUUGAAUUUUUUGUAUAUACACGCGGACCCACGUCCAGCAGUUGUUGUGCUUUGUACUUAAGAUGAUUUUUGAUAAUGUGUGUGUGAGUGUGUUUUGCAUCGAAAAUGCUCAAGAAAGUGCAUUUUGAUAUACUUUAUAAACAUUAUUGUUGGAAUGAGAUUACAGUUGGAAUCAGAUGUAGCUAAUUUAUGUAAAGAAUCAUCUUUGCUUUGGCCAGCGCCAGCACACAUCAACCAUACAGAUUAUACAUAAUGGAUAGAUAGAAAGAUGUAGUUAUAUUUGUACUUUGUAGAGGAGGGUAAUCAAUGUCCAAUGUCCAAAAUGUGUGCAUUAUUCGUUUACUUUGUGUUGUAUUAUUUAUUGUUUUGCCCUGCAAAGGAAUGUAUAGGAGGAUCAUGAAAGAACAAACAAACAAAACGAAUUAUACACCAUAGUAUAUACAUAUGUGUGUACAUAUGUACAUAUGUACAUGCCUGUGUGCUAUGUAUCUACUAAAACACUAAGAAACAAUCCAAUGUACCUUACCAGGCAUAUACUUGCUCUACCUACAACAAAACGAACACAAACAUAUGACACAAAUAUGUAGCGGUCCGCUGUCCCACACACUCCCCCCCUCCCGCAUUGUUUAUUGAUUGUUGAAUCCAUUGCGGAGUACGCUAGGAGGUAUCUUUUGUAUGUACAAUCUC